AUGGCCCCAUCUGCAAUUGACCCGUCCAUCACUGAUACAGCCGAGCCGAUCAAGGACACACUCGGUCUCCCUGAAACAACAGUGCAGCGUUUGACUAAGGCCAAGAUUGACCUGUCUGGCGGCUAUCCGUAUCGUCCAUUGAAGCCACUCUACCUUCAAGACGUGUACAAGAUUCGUUCGGAAGAGUAUCCCUACGUCGAUGCAGGCAUUCGCGCCGACAAGUCUAAGAAAAAUCUCCUCUCCGCCGCCGCUAAGGUGACAGACUUGACGACUCACAUUGGAACCGAGAUUGAAGGCAUUCAGCUGAAGGACCUGACUAAUGUUCAGCGAGACGAGUUGGCACUCUUGAUUGCAGAACGUAGCGUGGUCUUUUUCCGGGACCAAGACAUCACUCCACAGCAACAGAAGGAGCUAGGCGAGCACUUUGGCCAGGUAGAAGUUCAUCCUCAAGUACCCCAGGUCCCGGGCGUAGAAGGUGUGACAGUCAUCUGGCCCGACCUGCAGGCUACGGAGUUCCCGGCAUCAUUCCGCAGGCCCGGCGGUGCGUCGAGAUGGCACUCUGACCUGGUUCACGAGCUCCAGCCAGCAGGCAUCACCCAUUUGCACAACGACACCGUCCCUCCGACGGGCGGUGACACGCUCUGGGCCUCGGGCUACAGUGCCUACGAGAAGCUCUCGCCCGAAUUCCGUAAGAUCAUUGAUGGCAGGAAGGCAGUAUAUCGAUCCGCCCAUCCAUAUCUCGAUCGUGACAAGCCGAACGCCGGCCCCAAGCACGUCGAGCGCACGCAUCCACUGGUGCGAGUGCAUCCGGCGACAGGAUGGAAGGCGCUCUGGGUCAACAGAGCCAUGACAGACCGCAUCGUCGGCCUCGACAGGGCCGAGAGCGAUGUAAUUCUUAACUACCUCUACGAUGUGUACGAGAAGAACGUCGACAUUCAGCUCAGGUUCAAGUGGACGCCGGGCACCAGCGCGCUGUGGGACAACAGGAUCACGAUCCACAAUGCCAGCUGGGACUAUGCGGGCAAGCACCCGCGUCACGGCACGCGAGUGACCUCGCUGGCUGAGGUGCCGUACUUCGACGCCAGUGCUCCCACAAGACGCCAGGCUUUGGGCCUGCUGGACGAUGAAGAGAAGAAGGAGCUUAGCAUCUGA